CCCAUGACAGAAAGGGUUAAAAACCAACCUCUGGCUACCAGCAACAAAUGGGGGGGGGAACAACAACAGCGCGAAUGGGCCGAUGGGGGCACGUGCCAGAAGUGAGGGCUCUGCGUGUCACGUCUGACACGCGUGUCAUAGGUUCGCCAUCACUGGCCUAUACAAUGACUACUGCUUAAGUUGUAAAGUAGUUUCUAGUGUGUUACAAUAAAUACCAAAUUCCUCAGGCCAGUUUGAGAUAGAUUCCCUUCUCCAGUCAACCCCAACAGAAUGUCCAACACUCAGAAGGAAAUGUAAAGUUUUGGAAAAGUUGGAAAGGUCGACGAUACUGCAAAUAUUUACUAUUACAGCCAUCCAAACUGCUUCUUAAUUACGAAAGCUGCAAAGAAGCACAGACUGUGUUCUGUUCAUAGCAUCUUCUCCCCAUCUUGCCUCCUUUCCUGGCUGGCUGAUUUAGGGGGAAAGGCUGGUGGUCCUUGGUUUUCACAACUACUAGGCUGGUACCGUUUCAGGUGCACUAUGAUAAAAGAUGUCCCCAAUAAAAAAAUCAUUUCUACACACAGAAAGUUAGGAUGUUGAAGAAAAGACUAGAUGGGACAAAAUCUCAUUGGCACCUUUGCAUGCUGUAUCUACGUUCGGGAAAUUACGUUUUUGAAGUGUGGAGCCUAUAAGACAGAGAUUGAAGUGUGCAAUUCAGCUGCAUUUUUUCCAGCCUAAAACUACUUAAAGUAUGCUACUGUUAAGUGAGGGAUGCAGCAGCUACUUCUAGGCAGCGGUGUGAGAAUCCCAUGCACUCACUUGUCAAACCUGUGACAGCCUAUCCAAUUGGAGGUGGCCGAAGAAUAAGUUUAAAAUGUAGCCAAAUUCAAAAAGCUUAAGAAGUGCUGCUGUAUAAUUUGAUGCAGUUAGUAGCAUAUAUCUCACAGUCAAGCCAUUACAAAGAAAGGGCUUCAAUAUUGUUAACAUGGAAGGUGGCGGCAAAUUUUUCCAAGGUGCAUGUUUUGUUGUAUGCAUCUCAUUCAUCCCUGAUGCAUUCUUUAAAAUGUGCGUGUGAAGAAAAAAUUAGGGAAAUGGUUUAAGUUCAAAAUUUCAGACAAAACGUUCCAAAUAACUGUAUAAUAUGCACAUCCAUCCCAAUUCCCAGUCAAUUCUAUAGAAUUUUUUGAUGUCACAGAGCCCCGGUCUUCCAGAGUAAAGAACAAAGUGACUCGGUGGAGUGUGUGUAGAGAAAUUAUGGUUUAGCGAUAAUACAGGGGAGGCUGCUGCUGCUGCUUUUUUUUUUUCAGCCCGGGCACUGUAGCCGAAAUAAUUACAGAGAAAUUGGGUGUUGUGCCCUUUUGCUCCUGGCCGGGAGCCCGUGCCUCGCCGUGUGCCAUGCCGCCCUCAGCGCGGAGCAGCCCGCCCUGUGCCGAGGGGAAGCUCUUCGCCUCCUUAACGCCUCGCUGGGGUUGAGGCAUCCCCGGCCACCUCGUGCCUUCCUCCAGGCGUCGGCGCCGUCCCUCCCCUCUCCCCAGUGUGGUGCGAGGGAUCUCCUGCGUGCGGCUGGGUCGGCUUCUGUGCUGCUGCUGCUGCUGCAUCACAAUGAAGGAGACUCCCAAGCAGUGACAGCUUUUGGGAACGAAGACGGGACCACCUUCUUCAUCAUCCCCGAGCAGAAGCAGUAAAAAAAAAAAGUGUGGGGGGGAAACCCGAGCGCUCCCGCUCGUUCGUCUCCGUGCCCGCGCCGCGCGCCCCUUCUCUCCCCCCCCCAGCAGCGCCGUGCCCGCGCCUUUGCGCGAUGCAGUGUGGGAAUGGCUGUGGCGCUGGGGUUGGCUGAAAGAGGCGGCCAGUCGAGGUUUAAUGUCCGCCAUGUUGGCCGUGGCGUAUUGAGCAGAGCCGGAGCGGCGGAGGAGAGAAAUCGGCGCCGUAGCCUAGCCGCGCCAGCCGGCGCCGCUGGGACCCGCCUCGGAGCGAGCCCCGCCCCGCCGCGGGAGCCCCGGUCCCUCCAUGAGAGCGCUCGGCGGGGUCCGGCUCUCAGCUCGGAGCGCUCUCGCUGCCUCCCCCCCCUCAGCUGGAGCAGCAGCCGCCAUAGCAGUCGCAGCCGCCGACGACUAACAUGAGCAAACUGUCGUUUCGGGCCCGGGCGCUGGACGCGUCUAAGCCGCUUCCCGUCUUCCGCUGCGAGGACUUGCCCGACCUAGCCGAGUAUGCCUCCAUCAACCGGGCCGUGCCGCAGAUGCCCACGGGCAUGGAGAAGGAAGAGGAGUCGGAACAUCAUCUCCAGCGGGCCAUUUCAGCACAGCAGGUAUAUGGCGAGAAGAGGGAUAAUAUGGUUAUACCAGUCCCGGAAGCGGAAAGUAAUAUUGCUUAUUAUGAAUCUAUAUACCCUGGAGAAUUUAAGAUGCCAAAGCAGCUUAUUCACAUACAGCCUUUUAGUUUGGAUGCAGAGCAGCCAGACUAUGACUUGGAUUCAGAAGAUGAGGCCUUUGUGAAUAAGCUGAAGAAAAAGAUUGAUAUUUCUCCUUUGCAAUUUGAAGAAAUGAUAGAUCGGCUGGAAAAAGGCAGUGGUCAGCAGCCAGUCAGCCUGCAGGAGGCCAAGCUACUCUUGAAAGAAGAUGAUGAACUGAUUAGAGAAGUAUAUGAGUACUGGAUUAAAAAGAGGAAAAACUGUCGAGGUCCAUCUCUUAUCCCAGCAGUAAAACAGGAGAAGCGUGAUGGUUCCAGUACAAAUGAUCCUUACGUUGCAUUUAGAAGGCGAACAGAAAAGAUGCAGACUCGUAAAAAUCGAAAAAAUGAUGAGGCAUCAUAUGAAAAGAUGCUUAAGCUGCGUCGGGAUUUGAGUCGUGCAGUAACAAUUCUAGAGAUGAUAAAGAGACGGGAAAAAAGUAAGAGGGAGUUACUGCAUUUAACACUGGAAAUUAUGGAAAAGAGAUACAAUUUGGGCGAUUAUAAUGGAGAGAUCGUGUCUGAGGUAAUGGCCCAGCGGCAGCCCAUGAAGCCAACUUAUGCUAUUCCUGUUGUUCCUGUUCCUAAUAGCACUCAGUUUAAACACCAAGAAAGUAUGGAACUGAAGGAAUUUAAAGUCAACAAGCAAGAGAAAGCGGACAUUAUAAGACCCAAAAGAAAGUAUGAGAAGAAGCCCAAAGUUGUACCUUCCUCGGCUACUGCUGCUACUCAACAGACAACUCCUGCUGCACUGCCAGUCUUUAAUGCUAAAGAUAUGAAUCAAUAUGACUUUCCCAGCUCUGAUGAGGAACCGCUUUCCCAAGUCUUAUCUGGUUCUUCUGAAGCUGAGGAAGAAAAUGAUCCUGAUGGUCCAUUUGCUUUCCGUAGGAAAGCAGGCUGUCAGUAUUAUGCUCCGAAUGUAGACCAAACUGGUGACUGGCCGUGGAGUACUCCUAAAGGGGGAACGUUAGGAGAUGAGCGUUACAGAUAUUGCUUAACAACUCUUACUGUACCCCAGCGGUGCAUUGGGUUUUCACGUAGACGGGUUGGACGUGGUGGAAGGGUGCUACUGGACCGAGCAUAUUCGGAGAACAACAGUGCAUUUUGCCAGCUGGAUUCAGAAAUGCUUUCUUCACAACUACACUCGUCAAUCAAUCAAUUUGCCAAUACCUCAGAAACAAAUACCUCGGACAGAUCUUUCUCUAAAGACCUCAGUCAAAUACUAGUCAAUAUCAAAUCAUGUAGAUGGCGGCAUUUUAGGCCUCGGACACCAUCCCUACAUGACAGUGACAAUGAUGAACUUUCCUAUAGGAAAUUACACAGGAGUGUAAAUCGAACUGGCACAGCACAACCCGGGACCCAGACAUGCAGUACCUCUAUACAAAGUAAAAGUAGCAGUGGUUCAGCACACUUUGCAUUUACAGCCGAACAAUACCAGCAUCAUCAACAGCAACUGGCACUAAUGCAGAAACAGCAGCUUGCACAAAUUCAUCAACAGCAAGCAAAUAGUAAUUCUUCUCCGAACGCUUCACAGCACCUUGCAACUAACCAGCAGGAAAGUGGCUUUCGCUCGAAUCUACAUCUUAGCCAUACUCUAGAGUGUUUAGAAGGGACACUACAGGGUUUCAUUUCCAAGAAAUUGGAUUCUGUUAGUGCUCAAUUUGCUGCUUCAGCGUUGGUUACAUCAGAACAGCUCAUGGGAUUCAAAAUGAAGGAUGAAGUGGUGCUUGGAAUUGGGGUGAAUGGCAUCAUUCAAGCCUCAGGAGUAUAUAAGGGCUUACACCUCAGUAGUACUACGCCUACAGCACUUGUACAUACAAGCUCGUCAUCAACAGCAGGUUCCACCUUGUUACAGCCUUCAAAUAUAACACAGACUUCAAGUUCCCACAGUGCACUGAGUCACCAAGUAACUGCUGCCAAUUCUGCAACAACUCAGGUUCUGUUUGGGAACAAUAUUAGAUUAACUGUACCCUCAUCAGUUGCCACUGCAAACUCUAUUACUACGCUCAAUGCACGACACAUACCUAGGACUCUAAGUGCUGUUCCAUCAUCUGCCUUAAAGCUGGCUGCAGCAAACUGUCAGGUGCCCAAGGUGCCAGCUUCAUCCUCCGUGGACACAGUACCAAGGGAAAACCAUGAAACAGAAAAGCCAGCACUGAACACUAUAGCAGACAAUACAGUAGCAAUGGAGGUGACGUAGUUUCCAUAGUAGUGGAACUUCAGCCUUUGGGAACUUGUUUAGGUGCUAUGCAUCAGUAGCAAUUUGAAUGCAAGGGAUGAUGGAAUGCAGCCUAUUGCAUUUCCAUGGCAGCUGUGGGGACUUGACAGCAAUGCACAUCUCUCAUGCUUUGGUUUUUCUUUUCUUACUGUUAAUAGGAAAGAAUCAGCAACUGUAAAUUAAGACUACAGCAAUUAUCUGUACAGUACUGCAUAUUUGUAAUACCCUUGUAUAUAUGUUACUUGAAUACAGAACUGUUCAUUUGUGAUGCUUUGCACUUGGGGAUGGGGGAGGGAGGGGAGGGAGGGAGAAUUGCAACAAAGUAAGAGUGUGAGAAGUGAGAUUGUAUAGAGAUGAAGUGUCAUCACAUCAUGUGCAUGGUGCGGAACCUGCUGUUUUAUCUAUUUAUUGUGCCGUGUUUACAGUUUUUUGUACACUGUACCUUCAUUGGUUCCUGUGCUGUAGUAAAUGUGUUAGGUAGCUGUGGACUCCUUGGUAUUUUGUAAAUGGUAUUAACAUAACUUGGUUCCCCCUCUGGGUCCUUGAGUUUUCUGUGUAUCAUGUGAAAAAUGGUGACAUACAUACAGAAUUUUUUUAAGGCAUCAGUUUAAAAUGGGGAAUGUACUAUUCAAUGGGAUCUUCCUGUUUUAAUAUCAUAAGGCAAGUAACAAGCUAAAAAUGAAGUCUCAUGGAUUCUACCAACAGACUAGCUCACAAACACGUGUGCAGUUUCUGGUACUUAAAGCACUAAAGUUAUGUUGCUGCUCUUCAUACAGCCCCCUCUGUUGUCCCAUUUCCUUGCACACCAAAAAAAAAAAAGGUGUCAAAUCAAGUAUGCAAAUGGAGUCCUUACAACUG